AUGCAGACGACGGCCCGCGGAAGGCCCGGGAGGAUUUCACGGCACCAUGCCUCGGCCCUCGGCCCGUGCUUCUGCUGGCACGCAAUCCAACACACUUGGUCCGCCUGCGAUCCCCUACACGUCACGUCCACUGUAGUCAGCCCUUCCAAGCACUCUCCUCCUUCGACCCUCAUUAAAAUGUCACAUUCGUACCUGGAGCAGGGUAUAGUAGAGAUUGGCACAUUUCCAGUCACUAUAAGGCAACCACAAUCGACACCUUUCGCCAUUAAAGCCUUCAACGAGUCACAACAAUCUUGGGUCGGAGAAGAACCGGUGCUACUGCUUCCCGUGACGUAG